AUGAGCAGUGACCACAUCCCCGUGCGUUCGACUGUCACGAAGUUCUCGCCCGACUCCAGGCACCCCUGCAUCCUGCCCUGGGUCGCUGCCAUGCCUGAGUUCACCCUGGCGCUUGAGGAAGCCCUGUCCUCCAUCUCGCCAGACUGGGGCGAUCGGGCUCGCCUCGACACUGCCAAGUCGCUGACGUUUGAAGCGGGCCGCACGGCAAGGAAUGCGCUCCGCAGACGGCUUGCCCGCGCGAAGCAAGAAAAGCAUUACUGGGCCCUCUUCGCCAUGCGCGCCGUACUUCGCGGUGAUGUUGAGGGCGUCCGCCUCCUCCUUGGCUGCCACCCCCGCUUGCGGCCCCACUUCGACGAGUCCGAUCGACGCAUCCACUUCGAAGCGCUGGCGUCCUUUUGGGAGAAGAAAUUUGCUGCGCCUGAGAUUGACAGAUCCAAGUGGCAGGAGAUUGCCGAGCACAUCCGCACGCUGCGAGAACCCAUCGCUCAAGAGCGAUGUCUGCCCUACGAGUCCUGGUACCAGCUGGUUCUCUCGCGAGGGCAGAGCACCCCUGGUCCUGAGGGACUGUCAUAUGCUGUGUGGAAGAACCCGCCUGCCGCCCGCAUCCUCCUCUCCUGUUACCUCACCCUCUUCAAUGGCAACAUCACCUCCCUCCCUACCGACAUGCUCAGCAGUGUACUCGUCUUCUUGCCGAAGGGAGUGCUUCAGGCAAUGGGCAUCUCUUCUCACCUCAUGAAUUUCUUCCGAAUGAUGCACACCGACAACAUUGCAAUUAUCUCGCUCCGCCCGAUCCUAGCCUGGAUUCGUGACAAGCAUGGGCCCCCCCUCGGCCUUACGCUCGCCUAUGUGGACGACUUUGGCUUUGGAGUUGAGAGGGCCACCCAGGGGCUGAAGGAGCUGCUUGACUCCCUCGGCGAGCUGGGGCCGAUUGCCAAUCUCAAGCUGAACUGUCGCAAGUGCCAAGUCGUGGUGUGUGGGGCGCUGGGCGCUUCCCCGCUACGUGCCCUACUCGACUCGUACGGUGCGCCCUACAGCCAGAUUCAGGUCCUCCUCUCGGCCACCUACCUGGGGUUCCCGAUCGGCCCCGAUGGCCCCCAACAGGUUUGGCCCCCCAUACUUCCCAGCUUCGUCGAGAGGGUGCACCAGACGAGGGUCAUGGGCCUAGGUAUCGCUCAAUCGGCCGCUGCUGUUCGAGUUAUGUGCGUGAGCAAACUUCUCUUUCGGCUGCAACUUUAUCCGCCGUCGCAGGAGCUGAGGAAGGCUGACCUCAACAGCGCCCUGCUCUUGACCUCAGGGCCGCGGAACGCGAUCUCCUACCACGUCGCCACGAAGCUUUCGCAAGCCGGGUUCGCCUCGGAAUUUGUCGAGUUGGAUGUUGUUGCCAAGGCGACGGCCCUUCGUUACCUGAUGCGGUCUGGGUGGCUGUUUGGGCUCCUGGACUCUUUGGAACGUUCUCGGAUGGACCUGGAGCGCAUCCCCUUUCGGUGGCACAAAGGUCUGGUGCGACUCACGUGCUUGGGCCUCUCGACAGAUGGCGAGGGUGGGGGCUCCGCGUGGUGGAGCGCUGCCGCCGCGGAUGCCUGGCACGCCGCGCGGCAGGUCGAGGAGUCGUCUGCAGAUGGCCUCGGCUCCCCCGCGGUUGCGGUCGGGACCAGACGGUCGUCCAGGGAGGUGUCGCACAAGUCGCACCACCACCACGGCCCGCUCUACCCAGAGAAGGCGCUCGCCGUUGGGGGCCUCAGCUUCGCCCCGGUGUACACCGAGAUGGAGAACGCCGAGCGCACAGUUGAGUCAGAGAGGAAGUGGCCGUCGCGCAUCAUGUCUGUCACGCUGCAGCUGCUCACUGGCGUGCUCACUGGCGUCGCGGCCUUCAUCGUCUCCAGGUUCAGCGACUACUUGAGCAGCGCGCGCCUGGGCCUUGCCCUGAAGCUGCUCAGGGGGGGCGCGGUCUUGGAGGCCUGGCUGACGGCUGCGGGCGUCAUGGUGGCCUUGGUCCUCGCCGGGGCGAUGCCCGUCAUCCUGUGGGUCAGGAGCGCUGGGUCUUCCGGCAUUCCAUCCAUUAUCGGUGUGCUGAACGGUUGCGAUUUGCGCGACCACUUCACUUGGAGGAUCUUGCUGGCCCGGCUGGUCGGCGUCACGUGUGCGGUGUCUUCUGGGCUCGCUGUUGGCCCGGAGGGGCCGAUGAUCUACAUUGGUGCCUGCACGGGAGCCCUGCUCUCGAGGAUCCCCUCGCAGCGAGGGCUGUGGCGCUACCUCGGGAGGCUGCCGAGCUCGAAGAACGAACACGUGUAUUUGCGGGACUACGUCUCGACUGGAGCGGCCUGCGGCAUCGCAGCGGCGUUCCGUGCGCCGAUAGCGGGCGCGCUGUUCAUCGUGGAGGAGGCUGCCUCGCACUUUCGGCCUGAGCAGCUCGCGAAGAUGUUCGCCAGCGGGGUAGCCGCAAUGGUCGUUGCUGGUCUGCUAUGCCAAGGGACCGGAAUGACGGGGAUGUUCGCGUACGACGUCGGCUCUGGGUUCGUGUGCCGCACGUGGGAUUGGAUGCGGAUCGUUGAUUUCCUUUUCUUCGCCGUCCUUGGGGUUGUGUGCGGGCUGGCGGGGGCGCUGUUCAACGCGCUCAACGUGGGUGCCGCGAAGUUCCGCGCGCGGCACAUCGGGCCGUCCGCGCCGCUGCGCCGCACCGUGGAGCUCGUGCUCCUGUGCGUGGCGUCGUCGACCUGCUGGGUGCUGGCGCCCCUCAUCUGGGAGGACAGGACGACGGCGGACCCCCACAUCUUCGCCCGCGCUACGCGCUGCAUCGAGGACACCUGGGUCCCAGAGGUGAGCAGCGGCGCGAAGAUCGAGGGGAAGCACGUCCGGCUGUGGCCGAAGCCGUGUUUCUACGGCGUGCAGUACAAUCCGAAGCCUUCCGGUUGCCCCAAGGCUUGGGAGGAGGCGCAGGCGGGCAAUGUGCACGCCAAGGCUUGCACCGAGGGCCUGGCCCAUCACAACGUCUUGGAGACCCUCGAGAACAAGUCGUUCUAUUGCUGCAGUUUCUCGUCCAUCGACGAGCUGAAAGCAGGCCACUUCCGACUGCCUGGCGUCAACGUUUCUUGCUCGAUUGAUUUGGGUGAGACGUUUCCAUGCAUGGGCAAGUGUCGAAGCGCGGACGCGCCAGUCCAGGAGGAGAUGCCCAACUUUUACAACCCUAUGGCCUCGUUGACACUCGUCUCUUUCGACGAUACGGCCAAGAAUCUCAUGGUUCGCGGCGCACCGCACUUGUUUCCUCUUGGGACUUUAUUGUGUUUUCUAUGCUUAUACUUCGUAUUGGCUGGAGUCACCGCAGGCUCUGCGAUUCCGUCUGGCCUCCUCCUCCCCAUGAUAAUCAUCGGCGCGCUCAUCGGCCGGAUCCUCUCCUUGGUCCUCCUUGAGGUUCAGUAUCGGUUGAACUUGUAUUCGCACGGCAGCCAGGAUGUGAGCAUGUGGUCGCGGGAGUGGCAGCCGUUUUUCCACUACAUGGGCGGCCCCUUGCCAGACACCGUGCCCUUCGCCACGGAGGGCUGGCUGGACCCAGGCGUCGGGGCCUUGGUCGGCGCGGCCGCGUUCCUUGGCGGCUGCUCGCGGAUAAGCCUAAUGACCACGGUGAUGAUGGUCGAGAUCACGGGGGAUCCCGUGAUGAUCGCCCCGGUCGGCGUGGCGACUCUGGUGGCGGUCGUGGUCGGCAACUGCUGGAACCACGGCCUGUACCACUCGCUCAUCGACGUGGCGUCCUUCCCCUUCCUCCCGAGCAGGUGGCCCAAGGGCAUACAGAGGAGCCUGCGGGUGGAGCACCUCCUGCAGACGCAGGGCGCCCCAGUGGCGAGCGUGCCCCUCACCGCCCAGAGGACCGAGCUGCGGGCCGCCCUGGACGGCCACGCCUUCUCGGGCUUCCCCGUGGUCGGCCCCGACGGCGCGGUGGUGGGCCUCGCCACGCGCGGCAACCUCGAGAAGAUGCUGUCCGAGCUGACCGACACGGUGGACGUGGGCAGGACCACCGACUUCCACCACGUCACCAUCCAGGCCAGUCUACCGUUGGAGGUCGCUUUCAACCUCUUUAAGCAGAUGGAGCUCGCCCACAUCACCGUGGUCGACAGCAAUUACCUCCCCAAAGCCGUGUUGACCCGAGGUUCGCUGCUCCCCUGGGUGGUGCAGGACCGCAUCAGCCGGCGGACCGUGCGCCCCACCAUCCAGCGGCCGCGCGGCUUCCGCACCGCCAGCGAGGACAUGACCCUGGCGGCCGUCGGGUUCGGUCCGGACGCCGCCGGGGGCGGGCUGGAGGGCGGCCACUUCGACGGCGAGGUCGUGACGCUGCAGGUCGGCCGCGACUGCGAGGUCGCAACCAUAUCCUCCGGCGGGAUCUCGCGACAGGCCUCUGGCCCCGAGAUGUCGCCCCUGGGCGAGUGA